AUGGGAGAUAACACAGCUCCUAACACCUCCAAAAAACAGAAAAAAGAGUCUGAAGUUGCACCAAACCAUGCAAAACAUAGUAAGUUCUACAAUCAUUUUCUCUUCAAAGCUUCACUUAUUGUGAUUUUCCUUGUUGUGCUUCCACUUUUCACCUCUGAAGCUCCUGAUUUCAUUAACCAAACUCUUCAAACAAGAAGUUGGGAAGUCCUUCAACUUAUAUUUGUUGGCAUAGCUGUUUCAUAUGGACUUUUUAGCAGAAAAAGUGAUGAAACAGACAAGGAACAUAACACAAAGUUUGACAAUGCUCAAUCAUAUGUAUCUGGAUUGCUCCAUGUUUCAUCUGUUUUCGAUGAUGAAGCCGAUAUCCAUGAUGAAAACAAAGUUCAGACAUGGAAUAAUCAGUACCAUAGAGGUAACAAUCCUGUUGUAGUAGUUGCUAAAGAAAAUCACAGUCUUAAUGAACAUAGAGCUAUCAAUUCAAGAAUUGGCGAAAAGCCUUUGCUUUUGCCAAUUCGAAGCUUGAAAUCGCGUGUUCUUGAUGAUAAAAUGGAAGGGCAUGAUGAUGAGUUCAGUUCAAAAUCAAGAAAGGAGGGUUCUGUAGUGUCGAGUCCUAAGAAAUUGGUGGACAAUAUGGAGGAAAAUGUUGUUCGUCCAUCGCCUAUUCCAUGGCGAUCAAGAUCAGCAAAAAAUGUGGAGAUGAAAGAUGAAAAUAAUCAUUGCUAUAACUCAAAAUCUAGUUCAAAAGAGGACACUAAUGAGUUCAAAAAGAUUGAACCAUUUUCUUUGAGGUCUCAAUCUUUUAGAUCACCUAAGACUAAUAAUUACUCAAAUUCCUCUUCACCAAGAACUCUUUCUCCUUCACAAUCAAGAAAAUUGUCCCCUUCACUGUCCUUUUCAUCAGAAUCACAAUCCAAGAUUGUUAAUGAAGAUAUACUGAGAAAGAAAAUUUUUCGCAAAGCUGCUCCUCCUCCACCACCACCACCUCCACCUCCACCUCCACAUUUCUUCUAUAAGAAUUCUCCUCUGCUGAAAUCAAGCUCUAGUGUUACAAGUAAUGGUGCAGUUUCUUCAGAGAAGGAAUUGAGGAGAAGCAUUAGGAGUGUCCCAAUGGAAUCGACACGCGGUGAAAAGUUCCAAACACCAAGAAAAGCAUAUUCAGGAACAGAAUUGAGGCCAUUCGCUGGUAGUACAAGGGCAAGAGAAUAUGGUGCUGAAUUCGCAAGCCCUGAAGACGAAGAAACAUUUGUUAAAGACAAAGGAACAACUGACAAAAUGAUGCAUGAAAGCUACAACUUUGCAACAAAAUCAAGAUUCAUGGAAUUCCCAAAUGAAGAUAAGAAAGAAUAUGUUGAGAAAUUCCUUGUGGAAACUGAUCAGGAGGAUUCAGAAACUGAGAGUGAAGAUUAUGAUUACUUUGAAGAAAACGCGAACAAAACAGAAGUUGGAACUGAUCAGACUGAUGAAGGACCAGAUGUCGAUAAGAAAGCUGAUGAGUUUAUAGCAAAGUUUAGGGAGCAAAUUCGGCUUCAGAGAAUUGAAUCAAUCAGAAGAUCAGCAGGACAACCUACAAGAAACCUUGUAAGAUAA